ACAUACAAUAAAAAAAAUUGUAUAGUCACGGCGUUGGCAAUAGAUUUUGUUGGUUGUUCUGAGCACUGAAAAUAAUAUAAUUUUUAAUAGUAAACCAAUGAAUACAUCAUGAUGGAACGUAAUUUUUAACAAAACAGAGCCGGGUGAGCGAGUGUUAGCUUUAAAAAUGUCCAACUUAAUGGAAACUGGAGCAGUAUGUCGAGGCUGCUUGGCCACUGAUAGAACUCUAACCUCUAUUGAAAAUUAUGACCAUAUUUAUCACGAAAUACUAAAGGACUCUGUAAAGGUGCAUCAUGAAUCAGAAAUCCCGUUUAUGUGCUGGGAAUGUAAUGCUUAUUUAAGAAAUUUUGAAAAGUUCCGGCACAGAGUGUUAGAAGCUGAUCUGCUUCUGUCAGAUUUAAGUAAAGGAUCUCAGUUCAAAACAUUAUCUACUCUAACUGUGAUAAUAAAACAAAAUAUAAUUGAUGUUAAACUCAGCGAAGAUGUUAAAAUUGAAACUGCACCAAGUAUUAAUUGCGAUGGAAAUGUUAAAGUUGACAUUGAAAUAAAAGAGGAACCGAUAGAUAUCAAGCCAACAGACGACUAUGAUGAUUACCAGGAACCCAUUGAUUUCAAUGAAUUCUUCCAAAAUAAUGAUUUAGUCGCCGAGAAUGUUAAGUUGGACCCAGAUGAAGAUGCUUUAAAAAUUGUCAAACAAGUGGAACACAAAGCUAAGAUCCAAAGCAAAGUUAAGGCAGAAAGGAAGGUACACAAAAAGAAUUAUAAAGUAAUUUUUCUGAAUACAAAUAAAGAAAUGUCUAAAUGUGUGAGAAUAGAUGAUAAUGAGAUGGCAUAUUGGAUGGAGCAAGAAAAAACGAAAAGAAGUUAUAAAAUCCGGAAAUACAAAUGUGAAAUGUGUAUAACAGGGUUCUCUAAGAAGAAAUUGUAUUUAAGGCACAUUACGAAUUUUCAUAAUGAGUCAUACGACCAGUUUAUAUGUGACAUAUGCACACGACGGUUUCACACGAAACCCAACAUGGUCCGGCACAUCAGACUUCAUUACACCAAGUUCAGAUGCAAGUCGUGCGAGUUCGAGUGCUACCGUAAUCAUCAGAUGGAGCAACACCUUCUGUCCUCGCACCGGCGGUCGGUGGAGUGUCUUAAAUGUGGACUUCUUUUCAGCCAGUUACCCCAAUUCCACGAGCACUAUCGCCGGCUUCACAAACACGUCGUCUGCGAUUACUGCGGGAAGAGGAAAUCUAGGAAAUCCAAGUUGAUCGCACACAUACGGAGGUUCCACACGGCGCACCGGUGUGAACACUGCAACAAGCCGUACAAGACGUUCGAAGGGCUCGUCCACCACAACAAGCUGCACCACGUGAAGUCGGCGAGCGAGCUGUGCUACUGCGUCGAGUGCAACAUACAGUUCGACAACGUAGCGCUGUAUACGCGGCACAUCAGUAUAAGCACGAAGCACAAGAAGAAGGCCGGGAUCCCGUGUCCAGAGUGCGACAAGGUGUAUGACAGACGGAGCUCCAUGACCAACCACUACAACCAUGUGCACCUCAAGAAGACCAAACAUUACUGCGAGCCGUGCGAAAAGUAUUUCCUGAACGGUUACCGACUCCGGCGGCACAAAGCCAGCAAACACGACAAGGUGCCGCCCGUCAAGAACAAAAUGUGCCCCUACUGCCCUAGGGGAUUCUCGACAAACCGUAUCCUAGAGAACCACAUUCGCACGCACACGGGCGAGCGGCCUUUCGAGUGCGACUACUGCCCCGCCGCCUUCUCGCAGAAGCAGGCGCUGCAGUCGCACACGCGCGCCAUACACAAGAUAUUAGACUUUAAAUAAAUAUUGUUACCUGAAAA